AUGGCUCCCGAGUCAGGCCCGCCCAAAGGGGGCAUGAUGUCGCUGUAUGCAAACUUACUCGGCCCCUCCGCUGAAUCUGCUCCUGGGACAAUUUCUCGUGCACCCGUCGUCUUCAAACAAAGUUCCGAGACAGACGAACAACCCGACGAUUCGGCUGCGAAGAAGCAGCAAGUCAACGCUGCUUCUCUCCGAUUCCAGCCCACCAAAAGACCACAGUUCGCGAACCAGAAACCCAAGCCCAAACCUACACUGCCCAAGGCUGCUCCACCUGGCCCAGGUCAGGCCUCCAACUCUGCUGCGCCCAUGAAGAGCUCCUUAGCGGACUGGGCUGGUACAGAAGAUGAUGACUACGGGUUGUACCAGGGUGACAAGCGGCAGCGCGGCGGGAGAAAGAAGCGCAAGAAGAACCGCGAGCCGCAAGCAAUCAUGCAAGACUGGGGGGAUAUUUAUGAUCCGUCUAGACCGAACAACUACGAACAAUAUCGACAUGGCGAUGAGAAGAUCUUGGAAGUUCGGGAAUGGAAAGACCGGCUAUAUGCGCAUCGGAUGAAACGUUCGCUGAGCAGGGACUCGGACAGCGACGACUACGAUCGACCAGUCAACCGGCAAUUCGCUCCUCCGAGCAGCUUUGCGCCUCCUCCGAAUAUCAACAAUACCACGCCUCCACCUCCACCCUCUAUUCCUGACGAUCCAUCCGGAGAAGAUGCCUUUACCCGUCGCGCACGCAUGAGCCAACAACAGAACGACUACUCCCAGACCCAACCCCCACCACCCACAGAAGAACCUCCCGCUCCACCUCCAUCCCGCCCUCUAGAUACCUUCCAACCCACAUCCGCAACCAUUUCCCGCGCACCCGUGCGAUACACACUCCCGCCACCCCCAGAAGAUAUCCCUGCCUCUGAAGCAGAUCUAGAAAAAGUCUUCGCUCAAGAGCAACCAACCGAGAAUGAACCCGAGAACGAACUGGGCGAAGACGCAGCCCGUUCUUUGCGCCCAGGCCAGAAGGGCUUCGCAGAGCGCCUUCUCUCAAAAUACGGCUGGACCAAGGGCUCCGGACUCGGUGCUACCGGCUCUGGCAUCGUAAAGCCGCUGCAAGUCAAGGCCGAGAAGCGGAAGAAGAGACCGGACUCUGAAGGCGGAGGAUUCGUGACGCCCGCUGGACGGGGCACGAUCAUCGGCGGGAAGAAGAAAGGCGGUGAUGAUAAAGGGAAGUUUGGGCCUAUGAGUGAGGUAAUUAUUCUCAAGGGGAUGUUAGAUGGGAUGGAUCUCGAGAGUGAAUUGCAUGCUGCUGAGGGCGGUGGCUUGAUGCAGGAGAUUGGGGAGGAGUGUAAUGAAAAGUAUGGGAGCGUGGAGCGAGUUUACAUUGCACGCGACGUGGGAAAUCCCAUUCCAGUCUUUGUCAAGUUUACUAGCCCAUUAUCGGCUUUAAGGGCUGUGAAUGCCUUGGAAGGGCGGGUCUUCAAUGGUAAUGCCAUACAGGCUCGGUUCUUUGAACUUGAGAAGUUUGAAGAUGGAGUCUACGUGGAUUGA